AUGGCUUCUUCGGUUAUAUUGAUGUGCAAAUAUGGUGAAGUUACUCUAGUUGUCAUGGCUACAAGAGGUUUUGGUUUCAAUGAUCUGGUGGAAAGCAUUCAUAAAAAGUGGCAGAAUUUGAGUAGUUUUGAGCUUUUUUAUGCUGUCGCUGACCAUCAUAAUUGUAGUCUGGACAAUGAUGAAGACUUUUGUAACAUGAUUGCAUUAGCUGCUGCGUUUGGUGUGACUUGUGUUGAUGUAUCUGUUGGGGUUAUUUCUUCUUCUACCAUUGAAUGCGGUAAAAGUUUGGGUGAAUGUGUUAGGAGUUUUGAAUAUGGUGAGUGUAGUACUUUUCAAGGAGAGGAAGAAGAUCCGCUUGAUAAAUUUUGUCCUCAUCAUGAGACAGUGCGUCUUUCAGCCGAUUGGGUUAAUUUGCUUAAGUGUGUUGGUCAAGAGUUCAGAGAUGGUGUAGAUGAUUUUAAGGCUUGUUUGUCCAAAUAUGCCGUUGAAAUUGGUUUCAAGUAUAAAUAUCUGAAAAAUGACAGAUCAAGAGUAACGGCCGAGUGCUGUAAGAAGCUGGAUGGUUGUACAUGGUUAAUUCACGCAACUUUAGAAAGAUCGAAUAAUUUUUUUGUUAUUAGGGAGUUUCACAAAGAGCACAACUGUAUUGGUACGUUUUUUAGUUCAAAAAAUCCUCGGAUGACCUCAAAAAUUAUUGCCAAAGAAAUUGUUGAGGAGGUUCGUUCGAAGCCAUCUUAUACACCGAUAGAGUGUUUGAAACAUUUUGAGGGGCGAUAUGGUUAUUUGAUUGGUUAUUACCAUGCAUGGUUAGCAGUUGAGAAAGCAAAUAAGGAGCUAUUUGGUGAUUUUCAAUUAUCUUUUGACAAACUCCGCUGGUAUGCUGAGGAAUUAAAGGAGAAAAACCCGGGGACUGUUAUGGAUGUGGAAUAUUGCAAUGAGACUAAUCGGUUUAUAAGGUUUUUCCUGGCAUUUGAUGCAUGCAUUAAAGGCUUCAACUAUUGUCGUCCUAUUUUGGCUGUUGAUGGUACCUUUUUGAAGGGGAGAUACAAAGGGACGCUUCUCUCAGCUAUAGGAAAGGAUGCUGAUCAAGGAUUAUUUCCUCUUGCUAUCGGUGUUGUUGACUCUGAGACAGAGGCAAAUUGGCAAUGGUUUUUGGAGAAGCUGUCGACAGUUAUUACGUGUUCUCGGCCUCUUACAUUCUUUACGGAUCGUCACUCUGGUCUUGUAAAGUACGUGCCUACAGUUUUCCCAACUGGUUAUCACUCCUACUGCUUGCAGCAUUUGAAGGGAAACCUUAGGGAUAAGCUUUCAGGUCGACUCUCGAAUGGGUUUAGGGAGAAAGUAGUCAAUCUUUUCAAUGAUUGCGCACAUGUUCCUACUGUGAUAACUUUUGCCAAGGCUCUUGAAGAGCUAUGUACUGUUGGUGGAGCGAGUGCAAAGAAUUUUGUUGAGUCAUUUCUGCUUGAGAGAUGGGCAAACUUGUACUUUGAAGGUAGACGAUAUGGUGAAAUGACUUCAAAUGCAGCUGAGUCAUUUAACAACCAGAUUCUUAAAUUCCGUCAUUUGCCAAUAUGUGAGUUGGUUGAUAAGGUAAGGGUGCUAAUCAUGGAGUAG